AUCAAACUCUGGAGGUCUAGAGAAGGUCGACUAGACUUACAUCAUAACAAACCUUUUGAAUUGGUAGGAGAUACAAUUCUACAGCUUAGAAAUAGCCCUUGAAUACACUAUGCUCAUGACGAUGUCAGAAAGGUUGUCGGGGCCACGAACGGCCUAUAUAAAGACCUACUUCCAACCGUGAAUACCAUACUCAAAUUCCAGACUAUUUAACAGACAAACAUCUAAUCGAUAACGCAUCACCAAACUUAUUCUCAGCAACCAGAGGUUUCAAAAAAGACAUGGCCUCAACCGCCGACAAAAGCAAGCCGUACAUCCCUCACAACAGCGGCGCCAGUGACGGCUGGUCUACCGACGAUGAAGCAACAGCAACAUGCUUCUGUGGCGCCGUUCAAUUGGCAUUCCCAACCUCGGGCCCAGGACUUGUAACGACCUUCGUGUGCAAUUGCACCGAUUGCCGCAAGAUCACGGCCUCGAUGUUCGCAUCCAAUUUCACCAUUGACGACAAAUACCUGAAACAUGUCCGUGGUCAGGACAAUCUGAGCAGCUACGGGCAGAAGGAGACCAUCGCGUCAGGUCACAAGAUGACCAAUUACUUCUGCAAAACGUGCGGGACGCUGAUGUACCGCGUUGGUGCGCAAUUUCCGGGCAUGAGUAUUAUGAGGAUUGGAACGGUGGACGACUUCAACUUGCAUGAGACGAAAUUGAGGCCGCAGCGGGAGAUAUUCGUCAAGGAUCGCGUUGAGUGGUUGCCGGGAGUCGAGGGGUCUGAGAAGUUCGAGGGAAUGUGGUGAUUUACGGACGAGAGUCGAUUUCAUGGUCCCUUUGGUGUAAGUUGAAUUAGCUGUUAUCAAUGUCAUGUUCACGAAAUUGAAAGUCGAGGUUGGUUCUUAUCUGCUUUCUCUAUCAUUCGCAGGGAGGAUUUUAACAGGAAGCU